UGGAACCUACAUUUGAUAGAUUGCACAAAACGUUAAAUUUAUUUGCUUUAAAUUUCAAAAAGUGCCCCGUUUUAUAACUUUUUUUUUAAUAUUCUUCAUUAAAUAACAGGUGUUUCUUGGAAUUUGGGAUUACAUCAGUCACAAAAUGCUCUCGCUACAAUUUAGUUGUCUCAUCUUAGCGACAACAAUAAUUUCCUCUUCCUGUACCAUCUCGAGACGCCGUUCAUGGUUGGAAGAUCCUUGUACCCCUAAGAUUAGGCACAACUAUAGAAUAAAACGCGCCAGUUCCAUCACCCUCGUUCAAAAUCAAGUAAAAUUUUCGACAGCUCUCUUUCGAUUGUACUCAAAAAAAAUUAUGCACUUGUAUGAAGACGCUGCACAAAGCGGACAGAAUUCAACGAAAGCACGACUAAAAAUUAGAGACCUGAACGUGAAAAAGAUGCUCAACAAGAUGACGAAGGACCCAGAUCAUCGACUCGAACAAUUCUUGUAUGGGCUUCAACAUUUUGCGCAUACUGUGGAGAAAUUGAAAAAUAUUACGGUCGAUUCUGAGGACAAUUUCUUACUUAAUAGUAAACGCGAUGAGAUUUAUAGCAAUAUGAUUUCUCAUAUGAGGAUUCUACUUUGUGAAGUUCAAUGCUCUCUACACGUGACAAAAGAUGCAGUGACUAUAGCAAGGAGUUCACAUGCCAUGAAGAUUCAUUUACCGUCAAAUGCAGUAUUAGAUUUAGGGAGUGCUUACGUAUUGGACAAAAAUUUUUUCAAAAAGACUAUUAACUUUUUGAUGAAAGCUUUGAGAAUACUUAGUCCCUCAAACUUACGACGAUUUAAGGGGAAAUUAAAAGAUUAGGACAUAAUUUGUACAAAUUUAUUUAUAAUAAAAUUAUUGUGUGGCUCCAUCACAAAUUUUCGCGAAAAUGUAAAGGAUGCGCACGUCUUUUAUAAUAAUAAUAAAAUAAGAAUUACAAUAUUCAGAACAAUAA